AUGGCGGCGGCGGCGGCGACGGCUUCGCUUCGCGGGGCGGUGCUGGGCCCGCGGGGCGCGCGGUUGCCGGGCGCGCGGGCCCGGGGUCUGCUGUGCGGCGCGCGGCCCGGCCAGCUCCCGCUGCGGACGCCUCAGGCAGUGUCCUUGUCGUCGAAGGCCAGUCUGUCCCGGGGCCGGAAAGUGAUGCUGUCAGCGUUGGGCAUGCUGGCGGCAGGGGGUGCAGGGCUAGCUGUGGCCCUACAUUCCGCCGUGAGUGCCAGUGACCUGGAGCUGCACCCCCCCAGCUAUCCGUGGUCCCACCGUGGCCUCCUCUCUUCCCUGGACCACACCAGCAUCCGGAGGGGUUUCCAGGUGUACAAGCAGGUGUGCUCCUCCUGCCACAGCAUGGACUACGUGGCCUACCGCCACCUGGUGGGUGUUUGCUACACGGAGGAAGAAGCGAAGGCGCUGGCCGAGGAGGUGGAGGUUCAGGAUGGCCCCAACGAGGAUGGGGAGAUGUUCAUGCGGCCCGGGAAGCUGUCUGACUACUUCCCCAAACCGUACCCCAACCCGGAGGCUGCUCGAGCAGCCAACAACGGGGCACUGCCCCCUGACCUCAGCUACAUCACACGGGCUAGGCACGGUGGCGAGGACUACGUCUUCUCCCUGCUAACGGGCUACUGUGAGCCACCCACCGGGGUGUCGCUGCGAGAGGGCCUCUACUUCAACCCCUACUUUCCUGGCCAGGCCAUCGGCAUGGCUCCUCCCAUCUACGACGAGGUUCUGGAGUUCGAUGACGGCACCCCAGCCACCAUGUCCCAGGUGGCCAAGGACGUGUGUACCUUCCUGCGCUGGGCAUCUGAGCCAGAGCACGACCAUCGCAAACGCAUGGGGCUCAAGAUGUUGAUGAUGAUGGGCUUGCUGUUUCCCCUGAUCUACGCCAUGAAGCGGCACAAGUGGUCAGUCCUGAAGAGCCGGAAGCUGGCGUAUCGGCCGCCCAAGUGACCCUGCCCCGUGUCUGCUCACUGUCUGGUCUGGAUAGGGCCUCCAGCCCAGGAGCCACUCUGGACCUGUUCAGGCCUCAGCGGGCCCUCUUGAAAAGCCCUGAUUUCUUGGGUAAAAGAGGGGAGGGGCCAGGAGACCGGGUUCUGGCUCCAAAAUCUUCAGUCUCCGUCAUGGAAAUAAAUUAAGUUUCUCAACA